GCUUCGUUUCAAGAGAGGUCUCUAAAUAGUGAACUGCUCCAAGGACCUGACCUGACCAACACGUUAAUUGGUGUGCUUUUAAGAUUUCGUGAGGAGCCAGUAGCUAUAAUGGCGGACAUCGAGUCGAUGUUUUACCAGGUCAAGGUGCCGGAACGUGACGCAGACCUACUCCGUUUUCUUUGGUGGCCCAAUGGCAAGUUGAACGAGCCUAUGAAGGAAUUUCGAAUGACUGUGCACCUCUUCGGAGCCACUUCUUCACCAAGUGUUGCCUUAUAUGCACUAAAAAGAACUGCUGAAGAUCACAAGGCUGAUGUAUCUCCAGAAGCUGUUCAGACAGUUCUGCGCAACUUCUACGUAGAUGACUGUUUGAAAAGUGUAGCUAAAGAAGAAGAUGCGGUGACCCUGGCUAGAGAUCUUCGUACCCUGUGUGCCAGUGGAGGCUUCACUCUAACAAAGUGGGUGAGCAAUAGCAGGAAGGUGUUAAUGACAAUCCCUGAAGUGCAUAGAGCCAGUGAAGUGAAGGACUUGGAUCUAAGACAUGACGCUUUGACAGUCGAGAGGACCCUCGGUGUACAGUGGGACACUGAAACCGAUACUUUCACCUACAGUAUGAAGCUGCAAGACAAGCCAAUGACCAGAAGAGGAAUUUUAUCAGUCGUGAAUUCCAUCUACGACCCCCUUGGCUUUCUGGCUCCAGUCAUCUUGCCCGCUAAAUUCCUGUUGAAAGAUCUUUGUAAAGAACAAUACGGAUGGGAUGAGAACAUUGGUGGAAAACACGCUGAAGUUUGGAAAAGAUGGAUCGAAGAUGUCAGUCAUCUCUCUACCUUCCAUGUGAGCAGGUGUUUGAAGCCUAAAGAUUUUGGUUGCACUGCAGUAGCACAGUUACAUCAUUUUUCAGAUGCUUCUGAGUCUGCAUACGGCACUGUGUCCUAUCUGCUGUUAGAGAAUAGCCAAGGUGAGAAACGAUGUGCAUUCCUCAUGGGGAAGGCAAGAGUGGCUCCACUCAAACUGGUCACUAUUCCCAGACUCGAGUUGACCGCAGCAGUUGUCGCUGUUAAAAUGGAUAAGAUGUUACAUCAAGAGCUUCAAGUUCCAUUGCAACAAUCUAUUUUUUGGACAGACAGUACUACUGUGCUCAGAUAUAUUGACAGUGACUCUGCUCGUUUCAAAACUUUCGUUGCAAACAGAAUCUCGUUGAUCCGAGAAGCAACCAAGCCAUCACAGUGGAAGUAUGUCAGAACAACAGAAAAUCCUGCAGAUCAAGCCAGUAGGGGCCUGAAAGCUAAAAGCUUGAUGCAAGGAGGAACAUGGAUCAAUGGGCCGGCCUUCUUGCUGGACAAGGAAUGUGACUGGCCGGAACAACCUGUGCAAAGGAAGGAAAGCCUUCAAAAUGAUAUGGAAGUCAAGAAAGGAGCUACAGUCAACAUGAUUAAUGUCAAGGAAAACAUGAAUCCAAUUGACAAACUAAUCAGCUAUUACUCAGACUGGCAUAAACUAAAAAGAGCAUUUGCCUGGAUUUUAAAGGUGAAGGAAAAUCUGUGGAAACUGAAAGAGGAAAGAAAGGAAAUAUCAAGAAAGAUCAGGGAAACUGAAAAGGACCCUGAAAAGGAAAGAUCAAAAUUGGAACAACAAAUGAAGAAAUUCAAAGCAACAAAAAAUAAAUCACUUACUUUGGAUGAUCUGAUUGUCGCAGAAUCUGAAAUAAUCAAAUUCAGUCAAAGACAGCAGUUUGGAGAAGAAAUCAAAGUGCUGGAGAAAGGUAAACAGCUCAGUCAUAGCAGUCAACUGUUCAAAUUGGAUCCGAUUCUUCAAGAUGACACGUUAAGGGUUGGUGGAAGACUCAACAAGUCUGCCAUGCCAGAAAACGCUAAACGUCCAGUAAUUAUUUCAAAGCACAGUAAAGUUGCAACAUUGAUUUUGAGAGACAUACACCAAAGAACAGGACACUGUGGACGCAGCUAUGUCUUAGCACAACUGAGAUGCAGAUACUGGAUCCCACAAGCCAAUUCUGCAAUUCGAAAGAUAAUCAACAAAUGUACAGUGUGCCGCAGGAUUAAUGGAAAGGUUGGUGAGCAAAAGAUGGCAAACCUGCCUGAAGAUAGGCUCUUGCCAGAUAAGCCUCCUUUCACAAAUACCGGUGUUGAUUUCUUUGGGCCGUUUGAUGUCAAGCGGGGCCGAAAUACAGUCAAAAGGUACGGUGUGAUGUUCACUUGUCUCACUCUCAGAGCGGUGCACAUUGAAGUUGCAGAUAGCCUCGACACAGACUCCUGUAUUAAUGCAAUUCGUCGCUUUAUGUGCAGGAGAGGUCAAGUUACCAUCAUGCGUUCUGACAAUGGCACAAAUUUUGUGGCCGCUGAAAGAGAGUUGAGAGAAGCCAUUCAACAGCUGGAUAAUGACAAGAUUGAAAAGGCCUUGCAACCAAAGGGAAUAAAGUGGAUAUUCAAUAGCCCAGCUGCUUCGCACCAAGGCGGGAUUUGGGAAAGACAAAUUCGGACUGUGCGAAAAAUCUUAAAUUCCCUUUUGAAAGAGCAAGCAGUGAACGAUGAUUGUCUUCUGACAAUAAUGUGUGAGGUUGAAAGCAUCAUCAACGGUAGGCCACUUACAACAAUGUCAGAUGACGUGAAUGACGUAGAACCUCUAACACCCAAUCAUUUACUGCUGUUGAAAUCUCAACCCAAAAUGCCUCCAGGGAUUUUCAGCAAAGAUGACAUGUACACAAGAAAGAGAUGGAAGCAAGUUCAAUAUCUUGUGGAUUUAUUUUGGACUAGAUGGACCCGUGAAUACCUUCCACUUCUUCAAGAGCGCCAGAAAUGGCUAAAGCCAAAAAGAAACUUCAUGACGGGAGAUGUUGUGUUACUAGUGGAUAGCUCUUCCCCACGAAACUCCUGGCUCAUGGGAAGGGUAGUUGAAACGUUGCCAGACUCCAAUGGAAUAGUGCGAAGAGUGAGGAUAAAGACCAAGACCAACACUCUGGAAAGGCCUAUUAACAAACUGUGCUUGUUGGAAGAGGCGACGUCAGAAGAGUGAAGAAAGAAGAAACCAGUUGAUAAUUUAUGGGAAAAAAGUUUGGCUCUUUGUGUUUAAGUUUAUAAUUGCUUAGUCCUCUUGCCUAACCAAUUAGGGGCCGGGUAAUGUAAGAGCCACAUAGGAAUAAUUUCAUUUAAAUAAUAAUUUAGUAAAAUUAAUAAGAAAAUAUUUCAUUAAAAUUCAUAAGAUAUUUUUGCUUUAAAAUGCAUAUUUAGUAAUGUUUAAAUCUGAUAACAUUUAGUUAUUUUGAGCUUCCAGUCAGAUCGCACUACGUCAUAACGCAUGCGAUUGAAUGUGUUCAGUUAGUUUGAAGUUAGAUAUGAUGGAAGCAACACAGUUUUUUGACCGUGCGUACCAUGUCUACUAUGUAACAGCUUUUAUUUAUGUUUUGGAAGUAAACAUUUAAAACGAAGAUCGUGGUUUGCUCGUGUUUCAAAUACUGGUUAAAUUUGACUGACUUCAAAAGGUGGUACAGAAGAAUAAGAAGCAAA